CCCUGUCAGUGUAUUAUAUACCUUCGCGACCGUGCUUACAUAAAACUGUGCGUCAUUCGCUUACAUAAUGCGAAUACUGUGACCGUGGUGUCUCCCUGGGACGACUGGAGAGCGAUGAGCUACAACAGGUUCGGAUAGAAAGAAAUUCCAGUUCAGUGUGAAUAGAAGUGAAUAGUGAAUAGAAAGGUGGACAGUUCCGGUGUAGACUAGGCGGGAGGCACGAUGAGUGGUCGCAGCACGACUCAGAGCGCCGGGGGCAGUGUCAGGGGCAGCAUCAAGUUUGCGGGCGAGGAGGCCAAAGACCGGCUGUAUGAGCCCAAACACAAGAAGAAGGUGGUGCGGGUGUUGACUGUGAUCGCGUACGUGUUCAGCGUCUCACUGGCCGCCAUCAUGUUGUCUCUGUACUACAUCUUUAUCUGGCAGGGGACCAAGCCAGGCCCCUCACAACACAGCUACAACUUCGGCUACCAUGGACACCAGGGCGAGUGUCGUCACCAAGUGUCAAUGAGCAACAAUGGGCCAGUGUACAAUGACAGCCAGAUGGCCGAGACUCCGAGAGUUCUACCUGCCAUGGAGGAACUGUCCACCUCGCCGCUACCUCCGUCUCCCCUCCCCUCCGACCCAGACUACGUCAUCGACAGCAACUCUGAGGUAGCAGACAACUACUCCCUGCCUCUGUCAGCUCACAUAAACAGUUGAAGGAUAGUUGCUCUGGCAGAUCAAAUUGUGGUGCUCUGAGGAGAGAAAGCAAAGUAUAAACACCAUCCAAACCUCUCAACCAGCAUUAACUGUGGAUGUUACAGUUGAAGACCCAACAGUCAUUUUAAGGAAUUUUAACUUUUGGACAAAAUGUGUAUAAUAUUUAUACAACUAAGGUUCUUCCAAGGUGGGACAAAUACUCAAUGUAUACAACCAUACAACUGAAAUGCAGAAACUUCCAUUUCACCAUAACCUUCCAUUUAACCUUAGGAGGAUAGAAAAAAUGUAUACUAUAGAUAAAAAUAAAUUUUCUAUAUUUUUUGUCUAGAUUUAAAAAAUAUAAUUUAAUUUUUUUCUAUGAGUUCAUGAGCUUUUUUUACAGACUGAGCAAAACACUUGUAUUAUGAGUUUCCUUUCAGAAAAAUAGAUUUGAGUAAUAUUCAAUUACAUUUUGAAUGGAACACAAUGUUGGUUUUGAUUUUGAUAAAAAAGAUACAGUAAUUUAUUUUGACAGUAAUAUUUGUAUUAAAGUAAAUAAGAAGAAAACUUAUAGUUACCUUCCAUUGGAAAAAAGUACCUAUAUGAUAUUACCUUUUUUAAACUAUGUCCAAGUAUAAUAGUAUAGCCCUAUUUGCAUACAGUUAAAAAGUUAAAUUAUUCCUUACAUAUUGGUUACAGAGUAUUUUAAUACAUUUAUGCAAGUUAAAAGAUAUAAAAAUGUUGUAGUAUUUAUAUGUUUAUCGUUGUUAUCAGUUAUUUGCACAUAGGAGGAUAAUGUAAUCAUGUUAAAGUACAAUUUAAUGUGUGUGUGUUUUUUCUAGUUGUUGUAAUAGAGAUAAACAUAUUUCCUAGUAUCCUUCAAAAUAUGUACAUAAACUUGGGGCUUCUGUAUAUAAUAUUGUUUUAUUUUUGUACAUUACUACUGUUGAUAAGUAACUUUCAAUCAACAUACUGGGUAAAAUAUUAAUAAAACUUUCAAACUUUUGUUCGGGGUUACUGUACAACACUAAUUGGGACGAAUCAAGAAAAGUGUGUCCAAAAUAGUAUAUGAUGUCUAAACAUUUAUCACUAAGACUAAGUAUAUCUUAACUGUUAUUUUUGGUACUUACUCACUCUUAUGAACUGGUUUUGAUGUAUUUCUCAUUGAGUCUUAAAUCUUUUAUAACAGUUUUUAAAUACAUUUUUAUUUAAAACUGCAAAAUUUAUAAACAUUGUAAUUACAAUUUUUAAAGACAAGCAAGAGUGAAUUAAACCUUGUACAACUGAAAACAUGAAUUCUGCUAUUAUUUUAAGCUUCCCUAUGGAUUUUAAUGUGGAUGUUUAUGAUUUUAAACAGGUAGUUUCCUAAACAUAUUCCUCUACAUACAGUACCUAAUAUCAUAGAAUAUUAUGUAUCAUCAUAUAAUAAUUUAUUUAUAUAAUUAAUUAUAUAUCAGUAACUAUAUUGAUGUAGAAUUGUGGUUAAAAAGUCAUAGAGGACAAAGUUGAAAAAAACCUACUUCCAAUGAAAAAAAGGAAAAUAAUUAAGGACUAUGACUACACAGGGAAACACCUUAAGCAAUAAAUUGAGGAAAAAUUGUUUUACAUGAAAGUUUGAAUACCGUAGCUCUAAGUAGAAAACCCACUAGUCUGAUGCUCUCCAUUCCACUCAGUCUCCGCCUGGGUCCGACGCCUUCCGCCAAUUCAAAGGCAAUAAGCCAUUUUAUACCGUUGGGCCCAGAGAGCAACUGUGCUCUCUGGUUGGGCCAUAUAUGGGGGUCAUUUUGCACAUUGGUUUGUCGGGGUCCAUCAGUAACCGUCAAGAAAUGCACCAGUCACGAUGGAAAGUUCUUUGGACGAGGAGUUGUUUGUGGCAUCUGCGUUGUGCGCUGAAAAUGAGGAGCGAUCACGAGGGAAACAUUGAUUCUGGGUAUAUAAUAUCAUAUUCAAAAGAAGAAAAUGAGUACAGUGAAUUUCAUUUGAUUGAUGAUUUAAAAAAAUGAAUGUGAAGUUUUUUUAUAUUGACACGAAAAAUAAUUACACACACACACACUAAUAA